CGAGUCCGGAGCCAGGGGUUUUGCAGAGGAGGAGGCGGAGGAGGAGGGAGAGUGGCCUCUGCUGCUGCUGCUGCCGCUGGUUCUUCCCUCUUGCUCCCAGCUCCUGUUCCUUCUGCUGCUGCUGGCUGUCUGGGCCUCUCUGGCUCCUGGUUCGGCUGCAGGGGGGAGCGAGGCCUGGGCGAUGGCGGCUCCGCUGACGGACGCGGAGAAGCGGAAGCAGAUCAGCGUGCGGGGCCUGGCGGGGCUGGGGGACGUGGCCGAGCUGCGCCGCUCCUUCAACCGCCACCUCCACUUCACCCUCGUCAAGGACAGGAACGUCGCCACCCCCAGAGACUACUACUUCGCCCUCGCCCACACCGUCCGCGACCACCUGGUCGGCAGAUGGAUCCGCACCCAGCAGUACUACUACGAGAAGGACCCCAAGCGUAUUUAUUACCUGUCUCUGGAAUUCUACAUGGGCCGAACGCUUCAGAACACGAUGGUGAACCUGGGUCUGCAGAACGCCUGUGAUGAAGCCAUUUACCAGCUUGGUCUGGACUUGGAAGAACUGGAGGAAAUUGAAGAAGAUGCUGGCCUGGGCAAUGGAGGACUGGGGCGUCUGGCAGCUUGCUUCCUGGACUCUAUGGCAACACUAGGACUGGCAGCUUAUGGCUAUGGAAUCCGCUAUGAAUUUGGUAUUUUUAAUCAGAAGAUUUCCAAUGGUUGGCAGGUGGAAGAGGCUGAUGACUGGCUGCGUUAUGGCAAUCCUUGGGAAAAAGCCCGCCCAGAGUACAUGCUUCCUAUACAUUUUUAUGGCCGGGUGGAUCACACUCCAGAUGGUGCUAAAUGGGUUGAUACUCAGGUUGUCCUUGCCAUGCCUUAUGAUACCCCUGUUCCAGGAUACAAGAAUAACACAGUCAACACGAUGAGACUGUGGUCAGCCAAAGCACCCAACGAUUUCAAUCUCGAAGAAUUUAAUGUAGGUGAUUAUAUCGAGGCUGUUCUUGACCGAAACUUGGCAGAAAACAUCUCUAGGGUGCUGUAUCCAAAUGAUAAUUUCUUUGAAGGGAAAGAGCUACGUUUGAAGCAGGAGUACUUUGUGGUAGCUGCCACACUCCAGGACAUCAUACGACGGUUCAGGUCUUCAAAAUUUGGUUGUCGUGAUCCCGUCAGAACUUGCUUUGAGACUUUCCCUGAUAAGGUUGCCAUUCAGCUGAAUGACACUCAUCCAGCGCUCUCUAUUCCUGAGCUCAUGAGGAUCUUUGUUGAUGUGGAACACAUGGAAUGGGACAAGGCCUGGGAAAUCACAAAGCGGACCUGUGCAUACACCAACCACACGGUGUUGCCUGAAGCUCUGGAGCGUUGGCCUGUUUCUAUGUUUGAGAAGCUUCUGCCAAGACACUUGGAGAUCAUUUAUGCUAUCAACCAAAAACAUCUGGAUCAUGUGGCUGCCCUCUAUCCUGGAGACGUUGACCGCCUGCGACGAAUGUCUGUGAUUGAAGAAGGAGACUGCAAGAGGAUUAAUAUGGCCCAUUUGUGUGUCAUUGGCUCUCAUGCAGUCAAUGGGGUGGCCAGAAUUCACUCGGAGAUUGUGAAGAAUUCUGUAUUCAAAGACUUCUAUGAUAUAGAGCCGGAGAAGUUUCAGAACAAGACAAAUGGGAUCACUCCUCGACGAUGGCUCCUGUUGUGUAACCCAGGACUCUCUGAUGUCAUUGUGGAGAGAAUUGGGGAAGAUUUUUUGACUAAUCUGAGCCAACUAAAGAAGCUGCUGGACUUUGUUGAUGAUGAGGCCUUUAUCAGAGAUGUAGCCAAAGUUAAACAGGAGAACAAGCAGAAGUUCUCAGCCUACUUGGAGGAACAGUACAAGGUGAAGAUCAACCCUUCCUCUAUGUUUGAUGUGCAUGUCAAGAGAAUUCAUGAAUACAAAAGGCAGCUCCUGAAUUGCCUACAUAUUAUCACUCUUUACAACCGUAUCAGGAAAGAUCCCAAAAAGUCCUAUGUGCCAAGAACUGUUAUGAUUGGAGGAAAGGCUGCUCCUGGCUAUUACAUGGCAAAGAUGAUUAUCAAAUUGAUCACAUCCAUUGGAGAUGUUGUCAACAAUGACCCUUAUAUAGGAGAUAGGUUGAAAGUUAUCUUUUUGGAGAACUACAGAGUGUCCCUUGCAGAAAAAGUGAUUCCUGCUGCAGAUCUGUCGGAACAAAUCUCCACGGCUGGGACUGAGGCUUCGGGAACCGGAAACAUGAAGUUUAUGCUUAAUGGUGCCCUCACCAUUGGGACCAUGGAUGGUGCCAAUGUGGAAAUGGCUGAGGAAGCUGGAGAGAACAAUCUGUUCAUUUUUGGCAUGCAAGUGAAUGAAGUGGAAGCGAUGGAUAAGAAAGGGUACAAUGCUAAGGAAUACUAUGAUAGGAUCCCAGAGCUCAAACAAGCUAUUGAUCAAAUUAGUAGUGGCUUCUUCUCACCAGAUGAUCCAGGGCGCUUCCGAGAUGUUGUCAACAUGUUGAUGUAUCAUGACAGGUUUAAGGUGUUUGCUGAUUAUGAAGCUUAUAUCAAGAGUCAAGGUCAGGUGGACCAGCUUUAUAUGAAUUCUAGAGAGUGGACUAAAAAGGUCAUCAAGAACAUUGCAUGUUCUGGCAAGUUUUCCAGCGACAGGACAAUUACCGAGUAUGCCAGAGAGAUCUGGGGAGUGGAGCCUUCUGCUGUGAAGAUUCCUCCACCCAACAUACCCAGGGAGUGAAUCCACGUGAAGAGGUGCAUGCAAACACCCUGGUUGGUUUGCCACUAAGGCACUCCUGCUUCCCAAUGAAUUUUCCACAGAUGAAUUCAAACGUCCAUUCGUACCACCCCUUGAUUGUCUCAUAUUUCUAAAGACAUGGUGGUUAUUUGAAAUGAAGGCAACUAGUGUUCUAGAUGUACUUGGUCAAAGAAGAAAGAGUUGACCAAAACCUUGUUGGCCAUGACAAGGUUCAAGAUUUAAAGCACUGGGCUCAAGCAGGGAAAAUGAAAUAAGGCCCUUCUUUCUGUUCAAAAUCCUGUUUAACAAAUGCAUUUCAUGUGCAUGCUAUGUAUUUCAGGAAGUACUCAAGUUUCUCAACUUCUGUUCCAGCAGCAGUCCUUUCCAUUUAAUGGAUUAAUAGAUGCCUGUGCCAAGGAUUGGAUGCCAUAGAGAUUUUGAAAGGUUGGCUGGGAUCCUUCUAUGACCCACAAAUAUGUACUUUCCAAAAUAUAUUUGAAAAAUGUCGGUUCUUUCCGUCAUUCAAAACCUUACAGACCCCAAACAGUUCUCAUUAACCUGUAACAAUUUUGAAUUAUUUAUUUGCAUAAGCUGGUAAAAGAAAAAUCAGUGUACAUUUUGAAGUGUGUGAAUAUUGAAGGUUGUUGUUGUUGUCACCAUAGGACAGAAGGCCCAUUAAGCAUAGGAACUAUUAAACGAAUGAUGGGAAACACAUAACCGUCCAGUUGUUUUUGAAUUGCAGCUUCCAUUAUCCCUAGGCAGUAUAGCCAAUGGUGUGAAGGAUUAUGGAUGUUGCAGCCCAAGAACACCUGAAAGAGUUAUAUAGGACUCCAUCCCUAAGUAGGCUACCAGCCAUAAUCUCUGGCUCACUCAGUGCCUGAUUGUCCAUAGAGCAAGCAUCAAAACAAAAACAACAGUGGUGAGGUUCCUCUUGAAAUGUUACUGUGCUUGGUUUAUGAGCAACAUUUAGUUUGGAGGCGUCACACAUUGUGCAGGCUUGUUGUAGGAUAUGCCACAAGGGGGCAUUUAUGGCACUUUUGGACAGAGGAGUAUACUUGUUCCACUUCCUACCCGGUAGUGUCCAUGCAUCAUUACUGUUUCCUUAUGUCAUAUUCCUACCUUGAAGGGAAUAUCCUGAUAGCUUGAGUUCUCAUUUCAAAUAUUAGUAACCAUCUUUCUUGUGUCUGGACCAAUGCUUACAACCCAGGGUUGAUGUGCAUCUACAGGUGCUGGGGCAAUUCAGUUAGAGAAGUGUUUGAUCACAGCUGGCUUUAGAAGAGUGACUUAAUUUGCACAUUAAUACAAAAUAUCAAGCUCUGAAAUGAAUGUACAUGCCUAUAAACUUCCAGAAUCAGAGGGUUAAUUAAAAGUGCUGUUCUCCUGUCAAGGUAUGACUAGUGGAGAAAUAUAUUUAGUUAAUAUAUUAGUUUCAGGAAGUGUUGAAGCACACUCUGUGAAGUGUUCAUAGUUUUAUUUUUCUUCUGCUUCUCAAACUAAUUAUUAGGGUCACUUCACACUCCUAAGCCACAGGUGGAAAAGGUUUAAGUAGAUUGUGAAAGCUGAACAGUAAAGAAAGCUAAUAGGAAGAGAAUCAACUCAUUUGAAAUGUGGUGCUGAAAAAGGAUUCUGCAGAUAUCAGAAACUGCUAAGAAGACAACUAAACAGGUCCUAGAGCAAAUCAAGCCUAAACUCUCUCCCUAGAAGCCAAGAUGACUAAACUGAGACUGUUGUACUUUGGCCAUAUCAUCAGAAGACAUGACUCAUUAGAAAACACAAUAAU